AUGCCAUCUUCUUCUUCGCUGAGUGCAGAAACAGAAUCAGAAACAGAAAAAUUGGGAAGGAAGAGAAAAUACAUAGGAGACAUGGGAAGCAGUGAUUUCUCUACUCCAGAAAAACGCAGAAGAAAUUUGGAAUUUGUUAAGAAACGUGACAUGAGCCAACAAAAAAAAAUUCACAAUUUACAGAUGACAGCAUCACUUUCAGGAUCUGCUCUGGAUAUAUUUGAACGAAUGUUGAAAGGGCCAACAACAGAAAAAUAUAAUCCUCAGCUCCGUUCAUUUGCUUUAACCUUAUCGUUUUACUCACCCAAGGCCUAUUCCUUAGUGAGGAAUACAUUUAAUAAUUCCUUACCCCAUUUGGAUACUAUUUCCAAAUGGUUUAGAGCUGUUGAUGGAGGUCCUGGGUUUACUCAAGAGUCACUUAAGGCCCUUGAAUUAAAACAAAAAGACUGUUCCAAGCCACUACUGUGCAAUUUGGUGAUGGACGAAAUGUCCAUAAGACGCCAAGUGGAAUGGACAGGGCAAAAGUUCACCGGAUAUGUCGACAUCGGAACCAACAUCGACGACGAUACUUUACCAGAGGCCAGAGAAGCGCUCGUAUUUAUGCUAGUAUGCAUAAAUGGCUCGUGGAAAGUACCAGUUGGAUACAUUUUAAUAGAUGGGCUUUCGUCAAGCGAAAAAGCAGGAUUGGUUAACAAAUGCCUAAGAUUUGUUCACGAAAGUGGCAUUGUUGUUACAUCAUUCACGUUUGAUAGUGCAGCAACCAAUUUAUCAAUGUGCGAGAAAUUAGGUGCAGAUUUUUCAGACCCACUUAAUUUAAAAUCUUGGUUUGCGCACCCUAUUACGCAUGAUCCCAUAUAUAUAUAA